UUUAUAGUUAAUCAUCAAAAAGGUCAAUAGGUCGUUAUUAUCAAUGUCGGUUUCAGUAUACUAAACUUUAAAUUGGUCAAACGUUAUUGCAACUGCAAUUGUAUUUCUUACUACUGAAUCUUGCUGAAAGUACAGUGAUUGUAGAGAAAAACAGUGUUUUGGUUACUUUUGGAGUGUUUUAUUGAGAUGUUAUUAAAUUUUUAUAAUAUAAAGAAAAUAUUUGAUUAGACAUUGUGGGACACUUGAGUAUAAAAUACCAAGCAGCAGUGCUAAGAACCAUAAGAUAAUAUUAUAAAAAGUUAAUGGUUUAAUCCACAAUUGCAUUGCAAUCAAAAUAUUGAACAAACUUUUAAUUAUCUUAUUAGACCAGAAUACAAAAUGUGGUCUUUCUUUCUUAUAGCACUUUUGAUUCCUCUUUCUGCUUGUCUGAGUAUCACUCCACAGCCACUACCAAUUGCCAAACCAAUUGUUAUGUGGCAUGGAAUGGGUGAUUGUUGCUGCAAUCCACUCAGUUUGGGAAAAAUAACAAAGUUUCUUGAACAGCAGAUGCCCAAUGUUUAUGUUAAAUCAAUAAUGAUUGGCAAUAACGUUGUUGAGGACACAGAAAAUGGUUUCUUCAUGAAUGUGAACGAUCAAGUAAAGAUGGUAUGUGAACAGCUGGCUUCAGACUCUAAACUAAAUGAAGGUUAUAACGCAAUUGGCUUCUCGCAGGGAGCUCAGUUCUUGUAAGUUUUCUCACUUGCCUUUAGGCUCAUAUUUUAUUGCAUACAGUUUUAAGUUGUACAAAAUAGAACUAUUAUUCAGA